GCCAACAUGGCGGACGCGCAGUUGCUUCCCAAGCGAGUUCCUUGCCGCUCCACGUGGCUGCGGGCCCGCAAGGCCCGGCCCCAGCUCGUCCUCAGCCGCCGGCCCCGCCGCCGGCUCUGCGCCCUGCGCUGGUGCGGCCGGAGGCGCCUGCGGCGGCGGCUGCUCCAAGCCCAGGCGGCCGGCGCGGACUGGCGGGAGGGCGGCUGCCCGGUGUCGCGCUCGGCGGCCCGGAGGCCCAAGACCGCGGCCCGCAGCCCGGCCCCGGCCCCGGCGGCGGCGGCGGCCCCCGGCCCGACUUGCCCCGCGCCCCUCCCCAUCCCGCCGGUGCGGCCGGCUGGCCCGGGCCGCGCGUUGCUGCUGCUGCCGCUGGACCAGGGUUUUACUUUUAGUGGGAUCUGUCGUGUGACGUGCCUCUAUGGCCAGGUGCAGGUGUUAGGUUAUACCAUCAGCCAAGGCCACCCUGCCCAAGAGGUCUUCUCUACCUACACUCACUCUCGCCUUACUAUCAACGCGGUCCAUUACUCCAUGCCUGAGAAAAGCAAGAAGGAAACGAAAAGGGAAGCCCGAGCUUUGCUCAGAUCUCAUCUUAACCGGGAUGACCGAUGUUGGGUGAUGAAGAAUUUCUCUCCGCUGUGUUCCAUUGUGAUGCUGGAGCAGCUGAAGACCCCCACCGUAAACUUCCUGGUCAGCCACCCGGGCUUAUCCUACGUCUUCAUGCAGGAGAGCCCAACCUUCCAGAUUAACUCUGAACAUUUGGCUCUGAGGUCUGUCGGCAUUAGAAGAGAGAAGAAGAAGAACGGCCUUCGUUUAACUGAGAGCGCCCUGUCCGCCAUGGAAGAGCUCGUCACUGUGUCCUGUGAAGAGGUAGACGGCUGCCCUAUCAUUCUGGUCUGUGGCUCUCAGGACGUUGGAAAGUCAACGUUUAAUAGGUGCCUGAUGAACCAGUUGUUAAAUAGUAUUUCCUGCGUUGACUAUUUGGAGUGUGAUCUGGGACAGACAGAAUUUACGCCUCCAGGUUGCAUUUCUUUACUUAAUAUUACAGAACCAAUUCUAGGACCGCCUUUCACCCACCAGAGGACACCACAGAAAAUGGUUUAUUAUGGGAAACCUUCUUGUAAGAACAACUACGAGAAUUAUAUUGAGAUAAUAAAGUACGUGUUCAGCUCCUACAAGAGAGAGGCCCCUCUCAUCGUCAACACGAUGGGCUGGGUGUCAGACACGGGGCUCCUGCUGCUCGUCGACCUCGUCCGGCUGCUGGCUCCCAGCCACGUGGUCCAGUUCAGCUCCGGGCGGAGCAAGUACAUGCCCAGCCUCACCCCCGACUACGUGGACAGUAUGGACGGCCUGUACACGAAGAGCAAGUCCAGGAUCCGAAACAGAGGCUUCCAUCUGGCGGAGUUUGCAGAGAGUUUGGAAUUUGCUGAUGAAGAAAAGGAGAGCCCGGUUGUGUUCACUGGACAUAAACUGAUGUGCGUCCAGUCGGACUUCGCAUUUAGGAAAACUCCAAGAAAUAGAGAGUCGCAUAACAAAGUUCUCCGUGACCUGGCGGUGCUGGGUUACCUCGGCCAGCUGCAGCCCCCGGUGCCAAAACCGCUUUAUCCUUUACAUGGUCUGACACCCUACCAGGUUCCUUUCAAUGCAGUUGCUCUCCGGAUCACUCACGCCGAUGUCGCUCCUACCCAUAUAUUGUACGCUGUGAACGCCAGCUGGGUUGGUCUUUGCAAGAUCCUGGAUGAUGUCAGAGGAUAUGCAAAUGGGCCGAUCCUGCUCGCCCAGACUCCAAUCUGUGAUUGUUUGGGAUUUGGCAUUUGUAGAGGGAUCGACAUGGAAAAGAGGCUGUACCACAUUCUCACUCCUGUGCCCCCAGAAGAGCUAAGAAAUGUGAACUGUCUCUUGGUCGGAGCCAUUUCUGUUCCGCAGUGUGUCUUCAAGAGCCAGCGUGGGCUUGAAGGGACAAUACCUUACAUCACGACAGAUUAUAAUUUUAAACUUCCUGGAGCAUCAGAGAGAGUUGGAGCAAGAGAAUCCAAGGAAACACGUGAAGAGAAAGUUCACCCAAAACCUAAGCUCCAUCGAAAAAUAAACUGAUACUGACGUCAUUAAUAGGGGAAGGAGCUUUUCUGCUAGAAACGUGUCUCGGCCGUCAGGCUGACCACAGUGGCGGGAAUUAUGCAGCUGCGUAGCCAGCAGAGCUCUCUGGGUUCCUCGUGGAUCUAUUGAGAGUAAAGUUAACUCUUUUUUUUAA